AUGAACUCCUUCCGUUUCGCUCGCUCUGCCCUGCGGGCUCGCUCCGCCUUCAGCGCCCCCGUCCAGCGCCGUGGAUAUGCUGAGGCUGUUAAUGACAAGAUCAAGCUGUCCCUGACUCUCCCUCACCAGACCAUCUACCGCUCCACCGGCGUUACCCAGGUCAACAUUCCCGCUGCCUCCGGUGACAUGGGUGUCCUCGCCAACCACGUCCCCUCUAUCGAGCAGCUGAAGCCCGGCCUUGUUGAGAUUGUUGAGGAGGGUGGUGCUACUAAGCAGUACUUCCUCUCUGGCGGUUUCGCCGUCGUCCAGCCCGAUUCUCAGCUGAGCAUCAACGCCGUCGAGGGUUUCCCCUUGGAGGAGUUCAGCGCCGAGGCCAUCCGUGCCCAGAUUGCUGAGGCCCAGAAGAUUGCUGGCGGCAAUGGCAGUGAGCAGGACAUCGCUGAGGCUAAGAUUGAGCUUGAGGUUUUGGAGACUCUGCAGGCCCAUGUUAAAUAG